AUUUUACUUUUCCUGCUGAUGAUGAGUCUAUCUCUCUCUCACAUCUGAAUUUGCAUUCCUCUCUCUCUCUCUCUAUCUGCAAUCCGUCCAUAUCUGAUCCCUCUUACUCAUCUCACAGUCUCACCAUCGUCCAUCUACUGAAUCUUCACUUUCCGAUCAUCUAUUUGAUUUCUCUGGUUCGAUCUGUCUGUCACUGAAAAUCAGAGUCAAUUGGUGCAUUUGGAUUUGGGAUAUAUAUAGCUUGCAUUAUCCGGACAAGAUUGGCAUAAGUCAGAGGUAUGUUUAAAUCUCAUUUUUAGUUUCCUCAACAACAACUGUCUUUUAGCUUCGUGUAUUAGUUUCUAUUACUUCCAUUUCCUUUGUAUUGCAUCAUCUGCUGCUUCUUUUUUUCCCUUCGUGUCUUCAAUUUGUAUCUCUCUCGAGUGUCUCCUUGUGAAUCUUCACUUUUCAUUCCCUAAAAGAAAAAAAAGAAAAUCUUUUACUUUUGUUUGUCAUUAAUUCAAAAAUCAAACUCUGUGUAUUUGUCUUGAAGUCUCUUCCUUUAAUUUCUUAGCUUUUUCCUUAUCCCAAAAAUAAAAAAUAAAAAUAAAAAAAUUCUUGUGAAUCUUCACUUUUCCUUCCGAAAAAAAAUUCAAAAAAAAUCUCAUUUUUAGUUUCCUCAACAACAACUGUCUUUUAGCUUCGUGUAUUAGUUUCUAUUACUUCCAUUUCCUUUGUAUUGCAUCAUCUGCUUCUUUUUUUCCCUUCAGUGUCUUCAAUUUCCCACAUUCUGUCCCUUAGUUUUUCUGUUAAAUUUGAAUUAGGCUCUCUUACACCUCAAUUUGUAUCUCUCCAGUGUCUCCUUGUGAAUCUUCACUUUUCAUUACCUAUAAAGAAAAAAGAAAAUCUUUCACUUUUGUUUGUCGUUAAUCCAAAAUCAAACUGUGUAUUUGUCUUGAAGUCUCUUCCUUUAAUUUCUUACCUUUUUCCUUUUUCCCAAAAAAAAAAAAAGAAAAAAAAAAAGUCGUAGCUUUCCUUUGUAUUCUGUAUUGCACCUGUCUGCUUAGAGAGAGAAAAUAGAAAGAAAUAAAUUAAAGGUUGUUGCUGGUGAGUUAAAAAUGGCGGAGGGUAUUGCUAUUAAUGUUGCGGGAACGAUAUUGGAGCCCAUCAGAGACAGCUUGUACGCAGUCAUCAGUCGUCACUAUGGUUACAUGAUUCACUGCGAGAAAAACAUUCGGGAUUUCGCAGAUGAAGUUGCCAAUCUCAAAAAUGCCCAUACAAGGGUCCAGACAGAGGUCGAUAAAGCCAGGGACAAUGCUGAAGACAUUUACGAGGAAGUUUCGAAAUGGCUGACGGAAGUGGGGAACUUAUUGCCGACGCUGGAACAAGACAAGAUCAGGUUACUCCAAGGCAAAGAUAAUCUCAAGUGUCUUGAUGUUUGCUCACGUUACCGGUUGGGUAAGGAAGGGAAAAAGAAGACGCCUGAUGUUACCAAGCUUAUAGAGGCCGCCGGCAAAUUUGAUUCUGUUGGACACCGACGUCGUCUAACUCGUAUUUGGCACAGAAGUUACAGCACAAGCUAUGUGAGUUUUCAAUCCAGGGAGUUGGUUUUUAAAGAGAUUAUGAAGGCACUAAAAGAUGACGGGACUUACAAGAUUGGAAUAUAUGGAAUGCCUGGUGUUGGAAAGACUAGGAUGACGAAAGAAGUUACCCAACAAGCCGAAAAGCAUAAUCUUUUUGAUGAGAUCGUCGAGAUAGUUUUCACCUAG